GGCACGGCCGGCCGGGAGGGCUGGGCGGGAGGGAGGGAGCAGCGGCGGCGGCGGGGCUGGCCUCGGCUGAGCACCUCUAACUUGGAACUGUCCGCCGGCGUGAGCUCCUGAACAUGAGCCUCCUGCCUCUCUACCUGCUCGGAUUGCUCCUCGGUAGCGGGCAAGCUCUACUUCAAGUUACAAUUUCACUUAGCAAAGUAGAGCUCAGUGUGGGUGAAUCCAAAUUCUUCACAUGCACAGCCAUUGGUGAGCCUGACACCAUAGAUUGGUACAAUCCACAAGGAGAGAAGAUUGUUUCUAGUCAAAGAGUGGUUGUUCAGAAAGAAGGUGUUCGAUCACGUCUGACCAUUUAUAAUGCAGAUAUAGAAGAUGCUGGUAUAUAUCGGUGCCAAGCAACCGACGCUAAAGGACAAACUCAAGAAGCUACUGUUGUUUUGGAAAUUUAUCAAAAGCUCACUUUUCGAGACAUAAUCUCUCCACAAGAGUUUAGGCAGGGAGAAGAUGCAGAAGUUGUUUGCCAUGUUACUAGUUCACCUGCUCCCAUUGUCAGCUGGUUGUAUCGGAAUGAGGAAGUCGCAACUCUUGCUGACAAUCGAUUUGCAGUAUUAGCAAACAAUAAUCUCCAAAUUCUUAACAUCAACAAAAGUGAUGAAGGAGUAUACCGAUGUGAAGGAAGAGUGGAAGCCAGAGGAGAAAUUGACUUCCGGGACAUAAUUGUUAUUGUGAAUGUUCCCCCUGCAAUUACUCUGCCACAGAAAUCCUUUAAUGCCACUGCGGAUCGAGGAGAGUCAAUAACUUUGUUCUGCAGAGCCACUGGAUCGCCUCCACCAGAAAUAAGUUGGUAUAGGAAUGGCAAACUUAUUGAAGAAAAUGAAAAAUAUAUGUUGAGAGGAAGCAAUACAGAACUAACGAUAAGAGAUAUAAAAAAUAUUGAUGCAGGUCCUUAUAUCUGUAAUGCUAAAAACAAAGCAGGAGAUGAUAAAAGACAGACAUUCCUUCAAGUUUUUGUACAGCCUCAAAUAAUACAACUUAAAAAUGAAACCACAUUUGAGAAUGGGAAAGCCACCCUCAUCUGUGAAGCAGAAGGAGAACCUAUCCCAGCGAUUACUUGGAAAAGGGCCACUGAUGGAAUAACUUUCUCUGAAGGUGACAAGAGCCCAGAUGGCCGUAUAGAAGUCAAAGGGCAGCAUGGAAAAUCGUCACUGCAUAUUAAAGAUGUGAAGUUGUCAGAUUCAGGGAGAUAUGACUGUGAAGCUGCAAGUAGAAUUGGUGGGCACCAAAAGAGCAUGUACCUUGAUAUUGAAUAUGCUCCAACUUUUGUGUCAAAUCAAACCAUGCAUUACUCAUGGGAAGGCAAUCCCAUCAAUAUAACAUGUGAAGUGCUGGCAAAUCCAUCUGCCUCAAUUCAGUGGAGAAGAGGAAAAUUAGUUCUACCUGUAAAAAAUUCAACACAUCUGAAGACCUUCAGUGCAGGAAGAAAGCUGAUUCUAGAGAUUGCUCCCACAUCUGACAGUGAUUUUGGACGGUAUAACUGUACAGCCACAAACAGAAUUGGAACAAGAUAUCAGGAGUAUACACUUGGUCAAGCUGAUGUGCCAUCAAAUCCUUAUGGAGUACGGAUUUUAGAGUUGUCACAAACCACUGCCAAAGUUUCAUUCAAUAAGCCUGAUUCACAUGGAGGUGUGCCCAUUCAUCAUUACCAAGUGGAUGUAAAAGAGGUAGCCUCAGAAACCUGGAAGAUAGUUCGCUCCCAUGGAGUUCAAACAAUGGUUGUUCUCAGCAAUUUGGAACCAAAUACGACAUAUGAAAUCAAAGUAGCUGCUGUAAAUGGAAAAGGGCAAGGAGAAUAUAGCAAAAUCGAGAUAUUUCAGACCUUACCUGUCCGGGAGCCAAGCCCCCCAUCAAUUCACGGACAACCAGGAAGUGGCAAGAGUUUUAAACUUAGCAUAACUAAACAAGAUGAUGGAGGUGCCCCCAUUUUGGAAUAUAUUGUGAAAUACAGAAGUAAAGAUAAGGAAGAUCAGUGGCUAGAGAAAAAAGUACAGGGUAGUAAAGACCACAUCAUCUUAGAGCAUCUUCAGUGGACCAUGGGUUAUGAAGUACAAAUUACAGCUGCCAACAGACUGGGCUUUUCUGAACCAACAUUGUAUGAAUUCAGCAUGCCACCAAAGCCCAACAUUAUCACAGAUACUCUUUUUAACGGUCUUGGACUUCGUGCUGUCAUUGGCCUGGGAGUGGCAGCCCUUUUGUUAAUCCUUGUGGUGACUGAUGUCAGCUGCUUCUUUUUACGACAAUGUGGAUUGCUAAUGUGCAUUACCAGGAGGAUUUGUGGGAAAAAGAGUGGUUCAAGUGGAAAAAGCAAAGAACUGGAAGAAGGAAAGGCUGCUUACUUGAAAGAUGGAUCAAAAGAGCCAAUAGUGGAAAUGAGAACGGAGGAUGAAAGAAUUACCAAUCAUGAAGAUGGAAGCCCAGUAAAUGAGCCAAACGAGACAACUCCUCUCACAGAACCAGAGAAGCUGCCACUAAAGGAAGAAAAUGGGAAAGAAGUUUUAAAUCCAGAAACCAUAGAAAUCAAAGUUGCUAAUGACAUCAUCCAGUCAAAAGAAGAUGAUAGCAAAGCAUAAAAAGAUAUACUACAGCUGUCUGGAUAAUGCAUUUGGAUUGAAGCAACCCCAUGACCAAAACUUUACAGCUGACCUUAAUUUCUUGGGAAACUUAAGCUUGGAAUAGUUAGUACAUGUGUACAUAUGAUAAAACAGUUCCUGUCUACAGUUCCUUUCUAUUCUUUUUGUUAAUGGCUUUAGUAUGUAGAUUUGCUGACACCAAGUCCCGUGGUAUAAAUUUGAAAAAUCUUCAGAAUAAGAACUGUAAUUUAUUAUAUGAAAAAAGUAUGUCUAUUUAGAAGAAUACUUUGCAAAGCACCCCUAACCACACAUGAGGUCUCCGGAUCUUACAGUGCAAGCUACAUACAUAAAGUGCCAUAUAUUAUUGUAUUUGUUUCCAUUUAUAAUAAAGCAAAAGUUUAGAUUGCCUUUAAAAAAAAGAAGUCUCAGUACAACAUUUAAGACCUUGGCACUGGCAGACACUCAGUAGUCAUUCAAGCUGUGCAUAUCACUUGAAACAACCAAAAAAACAAAACACAAACCAUCUUCAACAGCACAGAGCCAGCUACACCUGCAGUUUCACCUGGGUUUUCUAGUAUAAUAAAAAAAUGAUAACCAUGAUGUACAGAUUUAAAACCAAAUGGCUGAAUAUUUUGUGGAAGUAUAUUGGUCUCAUCCUAACUAUGUGAGCAUGAUUCUGAAAGGCCCCAGGAUUUUCAGAAUGUCCGGUUUCCUUUAUUAAUGUUUGGAAGGUUGUAUGUAAACUAGAAUGAAGGAAAUGUGCAAAAAGUUAACUCGUUUUUGGUAACUUUUGGCUUCAAAUGAAACCUUAUAACACAAGCUCAAAUUAGUUUCCCCAAUAUAUUUAUUAUACAGUAUUCAUUCUUUUUUAGUUAUAACCAUUUAAUCAAGGGAUAAACUGUAUUUUAUGGUAGUAGAUAUAUUUUCACCACAAAUCAGUACAUGAAAUAUUUAAAGUUGGGCUUAUUAAAGAAGUACUUCUUACGUUAUGAUUUCAUAUCUUUUGUUAUAUCAAGAAACAAAAGAACAGAUGGUAAGAAGGACUUUGGCUAAAUGAUUAGUAAGAGUUUUAAAUUUUUAAUAAAUAGCAUCUUGUAUGAGGCCAAAUAUUUUUUUUCCCGUCAAGUAGUCUUUAAGAUAAACUUUUUUUAUUAUUCGGGCUAAUAUGCACUACUUGAAAAUUUGGCUAAUUUAUUUGAUGAAAAAUCCAUUCUUAUUUAUUAUUGUUGAUUUAAUGGUGUCACUAACUUGAGUAAUACAUUUUGUUUCGAUUUCAGCACAGUGUAUCCACACCUACCAAACUGUUCAAAUUCUUGCUUUGGAAAGAGUAGAUAAACCACAUAGGAAACUAGAUUAGAAAAUUCUACUCAUCGGGAUCAAAUUGUACAGUACUUUGUGGAUUCUCCACAACUAAGUCAUGAGGUUUAAGUGUAGCUUUACUCGGCAAAUUAUGUCUUCUCCAUGCUAUAUCUAAAUUUAUCUCAUAUUUGAAGUACUUAAACUGCCAAAUUUCACACAGAAUGUUAUCAACUCUUUGCUGAUAUUUUGUAGUUAUGGAAAAGCGGUUGACUUCUGUGCAGCAAAGCCAAAAGUGAAAAGUAAAAGAAUGUCCUUAAAUUUGGGGAAAAUGGCAGGUUAACAUUCAAUGCUAAGGCACUACUUCUGGAUGAAAGAAAGAUGUAGAUACUCCCUUAUGGUCUCUCACUGUUGCUUCCAUGAACUGUGCAGGCAGUAGCUGCUUGCCUGUUAAAUUUCUGUCCUGUUUCUUUCUGAGUACGUACGCAAUGAGCAGGACUGUCCCCUAAUCAAUAAUUAAGAAGAAUGGUUGUCUCGUUUAUGUAUGUGAAUAUAUAUUCUUUCUACAAAGUACAUAUAUGCAACUGGGCUUUCUCCCUCUAUUGGCAUGCAAGGAAGGGACCUGGAAUAUUGAAGCAGUUGAAUGCAGAUGGUGUGGUUUGAACAUCUGUAACCCACAUCAUCUCAUGCAGUAUUUUUACCAGGGUGAGGAUGAAGGUAGGAGACCUCCUUUCCUCUUCUACCUGUCAAAACAAAGUUAGGUGGUGCUGUGCAUAUUCACAUAAGUCAAGGUUCACUAGACAAACAGUGUUUUUUCUGAAGCCAGAACGAUCAUUUGCACAACAAGGUUCCUAUACAAUGCAGGCAGGGCUAAUCCUUUCUAGGCUCAGCUGUAGUUGAAUUUCCAAUUUCAGUACUUUUUCUUCAGAUUUAUACAAAAGACUUUCAUGGCCUAACAACUAUAGGUUGGUUGUUGGUGGUUGUUGGUGGUGUUUUUUUGCUGUUGUUUUUGUUGUUGUUGUUUUUUUGUUGGGGGGGGAGGUUUUGGGAGUUUGUUUUUUUUUCUUAUUAUUUUUAAAUAUAUGGCUUCUAAUUAUAAUGUGAAGGGAUUAGAAGAUUUAUAAAGUCUCUUCAGCACAUUUAGAAUUACUACUCCUGUCCUACUCUUCACAAGUUAAACAUACAGCAUAAUUAUUCCAGUAAGGGAAGCACAGGCAGUUCCCACUAUAUUGAAUUACAAUAUAUUUAUUUUUUUCUUGCUGUAAUGUCUCUUGCCAAUUAGGCUGAGAAUUGAACAGUUCAAAUUAUUGGCAUACUGCUCCAAGAAUGCCUUUUCAUCUGUGGACUAAUAUGUUAUCUCUUGUGCUUUGACUAUGAUGAAAAGAAAGAUGGCUUUUAUGAAGAAAGCCAAACUAUAACUAUGACAGGAUGCUCAAAAACACUAUUUGCAAGCAUUUCCAAAUGAAGGACAGUGCAUAGUAAUUUGUAAGAUAUGUGUAGAACUGGAGUAACAUCAUUUCUUUUUUUUUUUUUUCUAUUCUAGACUAAAAAGAAAAUAAUAAAAAACAAGUAUCUGUAUAAAUGUCACUUUUGUUGUCUAAAAGUAAUUUUAAGUGUUAGUAUGAAAUGUCAGAAGAGUUGACAGAAUAUAACUACUUUCAAAAGAAAUCUGAAUGGUUAUACUAACAUACUCCAGGGAGGAGCAUGGGAGAGAGCUAUUGAAACUAUGGACAAAAUGGAAUGUGGCAGUGACAAUCUCUUCAACAAAAAGUAAGAAGUAAAAUUAAGCAAAAUGACUUAAAGCUUGUUAUUAUUAUUUUUUCUUAGUAAAAAUACAUUCUGAUUUACCACAAUCGUAACAAAACAAUUAAAAAAUUAAUGUUUUACAAUUUAGUAUACAGAUGUACUAUGAGAGUUCUUCUUGUUUUCUUUUUGUUGAUGUUGUUUAUUUUUUUUUUUUACUUAUGUGUUUUUUUUGGGGGGGUUGCUUUUGUUGUUUUGUUUUUUUUUUUGAUUGUUUUGUGGUUGCAGAAAUAUUUACGAUUCUGGUGAUGCUAAUGCCUAAUGUGACAAAGUUUAAUUUAUUUAGACCUCAAUUUUGCAAGAAAUUUUGUGUGGCUGAACCCACUACUCAUAUGCAACCCUACUGGCACCAGUGGGGUCAAUGUGAGCAGGAGUGUGGAUGUCCUUUCAUAGAAAAGCUUGCAAGAUUGGCUUGACUUUCUAUCUCUUCAUAGAUAUAUACAACAUAUUUACACAGUGACAGUCAUAUACAAAGGCUAUUUGACAGCAGUCCAUGGUAUAGUAAAUUCCACCUGCUGUCUUCAGCCUCUGCAUUGAUGUUCAUCCAAAAAAGUGGCUUUCUUUUUAUGAUGGUAAUUAUUUAAGUGCCAGUCAUUAAACUGUAGUAUAAUAAUCAUGCCAUUUUUUCUGUUUCCUAGACCAGAUAAUAGAAAUGUAUUUGUGCCUUUUGAUAGCAUGCCACUCUGCUUUAUUAAAGAAAAAAAUAAUCUUCAACAAUUUGUCUACAAAGCCUGUUUAAAGUAUUUGAAAGCUUUACCAUGACAUACUUUUCUGCUCAGAUAUGCUCAAAUACUCAUCUAAAGUAAACUGGAGAUAAUAUUUGCAAUUCACAUAAAUAUUUUAAACACAAAAUUUACAAAAUACUAUUGAGAUCACAAUUCUAGUGAGAGUUAUAGUGGGUGUGUUACUGCUGAAAAGAUUCUAGUAGAUGGAGCACAUGGAGAGUAUGUAGGGGUGUUUUGACCAAUUUAUCAAGUUGAAGAGUCAGAUAGAAAGUCUCCUUAGUUCUAUUUAGGCACUUAGACCUAAAACAUUAACAUCUUUGCUCAAAUCUGAAAGAUGAUGAGGAACAUCUUCCCACAAUUUUACCUCUGAGUUAAAACUGCAGUGAAUAUUUGUUUUGCAGCCAUUUAUGGCCACACCAUCUCUGUGUAAGCUGUCACAGGAAGUAAUAAUACCUUUGUAGAGUAAUGCUCUGUCUACUGGGUGACAUUCACUCCUGAUUGAAGAGCCUCCAAAAAAACUUUUACUGAAAAUGUCAAGACCCUAAUUAGUCCAGUUAGUCUAUGGAGGGGUGUAGAGAAUGCUACAAGAAGGGCCCCAGAGGAGCCCAGGUCUCACUGGGGUUUAGGAAAAAAAAAAAAAACAACUGACUUCAGUGGGGCCUGAAUUUCAUCCCCUCAUCUCAGUGAGGCUCCACAUGUCUUCAUCCCAUCGCAUCACCUUUGUGAGCGGACACUUUGGUGUGAGUGGAACUUAAAUGUCCUAUCAGGCUCCUGCUAACAUUUUGCACAGGGAAGGCUUGUCUAUCAGGAGUUUGCAGUGAUCAGAAAGCAUAGAUAAAGAUACCUGAUCACAGUUUUAUCCCAUACAUUAAGUAAAAUCCCAGAAUUAAGUAAAACAUCCCUCUAAAUAAUUCACUGUGGUUGCAACACUUUAGGUAAAGAUGAAAACAUUCUAGGAAGUAUUGUCUCUUCUUAAAUCACUUUGUUUAACUUCAGAUACUUGUGCUGAUCAAUGCAAAGCUACCAUAGUUAAAUGAUUUUUUUAUUAAAAAAAAAAAAAAAAAAAAAAAAAGAAGGUUCUAUUCCCUUUUUUAGAUUUUUUCAUAUCAUUUUCUGGAGUACCCAAUCCACUUGACAGCAGCGCUGUAGUGGUGGGGGAAACCACUCACUAAACUUUAAGUGAUCUUCAAUAUUUCCACUGCACAUAUAAAUGUGUUCUUAAAUCAUUUCAUUUGAACCUGAGCCAGAAAUAAACCUUUCUACUACAGAUUUGACUUUGGACCAGGUUCUGAGAAAUCACAGUUUACUUGUCUCUCUCUCCUCUUAACAGGCAUUGUGAACCUCAUGAUGUUUGACUUUCAAACUUGAGUAUUGGCCAUUUUUAGCCCAGAGAAAUUAAAUAGAUAUUUAUUGCCAAAUUUGUAUUGGCAGCUUUACGUCACAGGUGAGAUUGGGAGCGGGCAAGAUGAUCAGCUGCAGUGCUGACAGAAUUAAGGAAAGCCACCAAAGAGAGAACAGGUACAAAAGAAUGAGCUGCGAGAGAGCUCAAAAACUGGGAGAUCCUAUAGUUGGUAGUGGGGAAAGGAAGGUGGGGAGCUACUAAAGGAAGAGAGGCUGCUGCAGAUUGUGAGAACUAGAGAAUGGGUAAUGUCCGUCCUACUGCAUCCUUCAGGUCUGCUGUGUAAGUAGGCUGCAUUUUUAAAUCUAAAAUGUAGGGUUGGGAAAAGAGGAAGGAAGCCCUUGGGGGUCUCUACAGGUUGGUGACAGACAUAUAAAGCAAUUGGAUUCCCCAUGAAGAUAAAUUUAAUUGCUCAUGGUGUAGAGUUCUCACUAAGAAUUUUGAGCUCCUUGACAAGAUUUAAAAAAUAAAUAACAAAUAGCUUUCCUGCUACAAUGAGCACUCAGUAUGUAUUUGUAUGCUGUGUACAGUAUAAGCUAAAGCAUACCAUAUAUUGUUUUUGUUAUUUCACAUGUUGUUAACAGCCCACUUGCGAUAUAUACCACCUGAAUUAUAUAUUGAUAAGUUAGCUACCACUGGAGCUAGUUUGUUUAUUGUUUCAAAAUCUUAUGUCCCUAUGAAAUGCUGUGUAUAUAUAUAUAUCUCUAUACUGUAAAAAGAAGUAAUAUUGCAGAUGAUGGUUUUGUAUUUAUGAAAGACAUUGAAAGUAUGGCUUAAAGUAUAUCAAUUAUUUGUCACUCUUCACCAUUUGUAUAUUAAUAGUAAAGAUACUUUUACUUUAAUGAAGUGUUGUAGUUUACAUUUAUUUUUGCUAAGUGUCUUUCUGUCAAGGAUGUCUGAUUCAUUAGGAGACUUAUUGCCAAAAAGCAUAUAAAUUAUUUAUUUUCCCCCAUUAUAGAACUGCUGAAUAACACUCAUGCAGGUCUGCAAUUUAUUAUUCUUUUUUUCUGUCAUAAUACAUCAUUGUUAUUAAAAACUAUUAUUUUAACACCCUGAGUCUGCAGCAGUGCUUGAGGCUCAGGUAUUCCUUUUUCCAAAGAAUAAGACUGCAACAUUUUAAAGGUAUUUAGUAUAUCCUAGAAAAAGAUAUUGUCAGCAGAAGCUAACUCGUUUUGCCAAACUUUGAGCCUUCCAAAAGGUUUGUAACUCUGUCAGUAGUGCCAGGUCAUAACAGGCUGGGCAUAGUCUGCCAUGAAGUGGGCUUUUACUUCAUUGUUGGUUUGUCCCCCACAGAGAUGGGGGAUGAGUGAAGCACACUCCAGACAGUAUAGUUUAGCUGCUUUUCUGAACUGGCAGAGCAGCAGCCAUGCCCUCUGUUUUGUUAGCACUGAAAUUCUAAAUUCCCAAAGAAACUUGCUAGAUUGUGCAUUAGUGCCUAAGUUUCAGUUCUCUGAAUGUGACCUAAGUUCUAAAUAACUAUAUGAGCCAAAGGACUAAGGAGGCUGUACAUGGGAUGAAAAAUUUCUCACAACAGUGUCUUUACAGAUGUACCUUCUUUCCACAGAUUGUUAAGCUCUGGUAUCAGCAUAUGUUUUAGCCAUGUGCUCUCCUAAUUGUGAGUGACAACAUCAACAACUGGCAAAAUGGUCUCCAUGUUGUGUUGAAAAACUCAGCCUGAGAGAAUUGAUUUUAGUUAACAUCAGUGUGCCACUGAAAGUCGUUUGUUUGUUUUUGUUUAGGUAUGUGCCUUGCUCAGAAAAAGUCAAAUAUCAUCAAAUGAUGCAUCAAUUCAAUUCAGGCAUCUCAAUUGUUAUCUGCUCAGUGCACUGAUGGCAAGUUAGGUCCCCCUUUAAUUUACAGUUGAAUGGUAAAUACAACUAUUGUGAAUGACUAAUGAUACAAAGAUAAUGUCUGACACCUUCAGAAACAGAAUCAACUUUUUUAAAAUUUAACCUUGAUGCUAUACAUCCUGCACUGGUGUAUUUCAGAAUUGCUACUCAAAAUACAAAAAAAAUAUUUAAAAGUGUAUUUAGAUACCUUGAUAAAGACAGCUUACUUACCUGUGUCAUUGCUAAUAACCUAGACACAGAUAACACUGCACCAAAUAAACUAACAACAUGGAAAAAAAAAAAGUGUCAUGCUUUGUAUUCUUGGCUAAGCAAAAGAUAGCUAAUUUUCUCAUUUGGGCCCUGGCAGAGCAUGAUAAACAAACUAUAUUUGUAAGCUCAUUGUUAUGUGGAAAAUGCCUAUGCUUGAGGAUGUGGUUUAAACUUCCUUAGUCAUUUAUUAAACAUUA